AUUGUCUUCAAUAUUUUACCCGACUAUUGGUACUAAUUUUCUGUUAUGGCAACAACUAGUCAGCCAUUUUGGAUUUUAGUAGUUAGACGACGGUCCGUCUCAAAAAAACAAUUGUUUUCAAUCUACCUGUUAUUUAUACACAAAUAUAACGCGAGUGCAACGUAUCAAACCGCCCGACAUUCUAGCAACUUCAGCGUCCGAACCGAGUCUCGACCACUGCUCGUCGCGGCGGGCUCGAUCAGCUGUCAGGAACCUUUGACGUGUAGAACACAAACAAAUUUGUUAACGUGCUAUGCUGUUAUCAUGAACGCCACUUUUUACGAGCAACUGGGCGGCGUUGCGGGGGUUUUUGAGCAGUGGGGCGCCUGCGAGCGGACGGUGGUCGCCUGUGCCUUGGCGCGGCGAGUGCCUGUGCCGGGGCUGAGGCUUCUUCAGAGGGCUGUGGACGCAGCCCUAAGAGACCACGGGCCUGACGAGAGACUCGAGAGGGACGCUAAUGACGAGACGGUCCUCGCCGGCCUUCUUGAUGACGAUGACGAUGAGGGCGAAUGCCUCCGUCGUCUGCUGACGCUACUCCCGCUCCUGCGGACAGACAACGCGGCCGCCAAGGACCUCUACGUGUCGGCGGCGCCGCGGCUGGUGCAGCGGUGUGUGGACUCGCGGCGGCCUCCUGAACUGUGUUUACAGUUGUUAAGAUAUAUGUUGGUGCAUCCUGCGCUCACGGCUAUGGAUCAGAGAACGCUAACCCAAUGGCUCCGCUAUCUAGAAAAUCACAUGUCGGGCGCCAGAGACUCAGUGUGGCAACAGCCGAGUCUCCCCGAACACAACAUAUGGGGCGCCUCGACCUUCCGACGCACCAUCGGCAAAAACGUCGACUUUAGACACCUCACCGACCCCAUAGAAUUGACCUUCUCUACAGAUUUACUACAAGAAUCCUUCUCAAAGAACGGAAGAGACGUAGACAUAAGUUUAGACGGAGACAAACUGAACUUUGACGCUUGCAUAUCGCAGCCAAAAUCCCAAAGAUCUAGCAGCCUCACUCCGCCUUCAACUAACUUCACACACAUGUCUUCGUCCGCUGAAAAUUUAGCAGACGAACCGUUCGUUCAGAAACCUAGGAGUUUUUCUUUAUCGAGCGAACAUAGUUUAGGGAUAAGGCCUAUCAUAAUGUAUGGGACGACGGGGAGCGAGACGAGACUUGAUGAUUUGAGGUCGAAUAAGUUUACAGAGUUCCCGGGGAUGUCUACUGUGGCUCAGUGGUUAAAGAGUUUGAGGUUACAUAAGUACGUGUGGUUGUUUACUAACAUCAGCUAUGAGCAGAUGAUGGCUAUAGAUGAGGAGUAUUUGGAGAAAUUAGGUGUAACAAAAGGCGCUCGCCACAAACUUCUGCUCUCCAUAAACAAACUCCACGAGCGGCGCGCCGUCCUGGACGGAGUGGCCGCCGAGCUCGCUAGCGGAGCGCCCGGGGCCGCCGCGAGAGCCCUGGAGCGGCUCAGACAAGUGCUGUUGAGCCCUAUGCCUCCGGAGUCACCUCUGCCGGCGCAAAUAGUCAGUGUUUUGGAGACAGCCACCAAGUCGUCAUGUAUGUUUGUUUCAGCGUCCACAUGUAUCCCGGAAACGACAGUGCCGAUGCGAGACAUAGACGACGAUGAACAACGCGACCCCAUGUCGUUACAUUGUUGGCUCGUCGAAAAGGCGCUGCACCACGGGUCGUUCCGCGCGGCCGCGCUGCAGGCGGCGCUGCGGCGGCUGCGGCACCGCCUGCCGCCGCGCACCUUCUACCGGCACGUCGGCGACCAGCCGCCUAGACGUGCGCCCAAACCACGCUGGCGCGCCGGGCCGCCCUACUCGCGCGCGCCGCGGCCCUGGCUUCCCCCUCCCCCCCCUCCCCCCCCGCCGCGGCCCAAGUCCCACUCCUACCCACCCUUCCCCCCCGCGCUACUCCGACCCACCCCGGGGGACGACUACUCCAGCCUCGACGCCCUGUGUCUGCAGAUGACUGAGCAGGCCAUCAACUGA